AUGAGCGACUGGGAAAACGUUACUCGCAUCGGUCAGAAGCACACCGGUGGUGGCGCGCCCCGUGAGACUACUGUCCGGAGUAAGAGCGCUCUGAACGCCGCUCAGCGUCAGGGUCUUGUUGUUGGUACUGAGAAGAAGUAUGCUACUGGUAAUGCUUCUGCCAAAUCAGGCGGUAGCGAAGGCCAGCACUUGACAAAGGUCGACCGCAGUGAUGACAUCGUCAAGCCCAAGACCGUCGGUCAUGCAGUCGCAGACGCCAUCAAGAAGCGCCGGAACGAGGAGCCCUACAAGAUGACACAGAAGGAACUUGCGACCAAGUGCAACACCAUCGCCACCGUCAUCCAGGACAUGGAGAAGGGUACCGGCACUCCCGACCAGAAGGUUUUGAGCACAAUGGAGCGCGUGCUCAACGUUAAGCUGCGGGGCUCGGAAAUCGGGAAAGAAAAGUUUCCCAAGAAGAAAUAA